AUGAGUAGUUCGUUGCGUCCGAUGGACCUAGUGAGCCAGCCGGCUCCUUAUCAGGACCGGUAUAAGAUAUUGCAGAAACUCGUAGCUCAUUUACAGAAAGUAAGGCCCAAUCCGAGUAAAAGUACCCAUAAGCUGGCCAUUGGCCUCGAAGGGCGAGUUGCCAAGACCAGUGCAUCUGCACAAAGCUAUAGAUUCAAUAUGAGUAUUCUAUUUCGCGAUUUGACCAAGCAUAAGGGUGAUUUGAGUAAGAUAAGGAUAGCUCAGAAACCGAUAGUUAGUGCAGCCAAACCAUUACGUGAGAAUGUGACGAAAGCAACAGCGAUGGAGAAACUCAGGGCUUUGCUUCACGAGAUUUCCGUGUUGGAAAAGAAUGGCUAUAACAUGAGUUCUGUGUCAAGCGGGGCUGCUCAGGACUCUGUAUUAGCUGUCCACGAGACAUGCGUGAGAUGUAAUACUAAAUUUGAAAGAUCCAAUAUUAUGGAAAAAACUUUAUGUCGAUAUCAUGACUCGAAGAAACAAUUUGACAAAGCCAAUAGGACCUAUCAGUAUCCUUGCUGCGGUGAGACUACUGCUUCCACAUCAUUCCUUCGGUUGGGAUGUAAGACCAACAAGCACCAUGUCUUCAAAUCAGAGGCCGUAGAGUCAUUAUCAGAGAUCUCUGAAUUCAUCAAAACGUGGAAAGUUGAGGGAGAGGAAAAUGUGCUGGCUCUAGAUUGCGAAAUGGGGUUCACAUCGCUCGGAUAUGAAAUGAUAAGAUUAACUGUAGUAGAUUUUUUCACCUCAAAGACCUUAUUUGACGAAAUAAUCCAGCCUAUUGGAGAAGUCAUCGACCUAAAUACCCAGUUCAGUGGUGUUAGUGAUAUCGAUAAGCAGUUAUCUCUGACCUACCAUGAUGCAAUGGAAAAAGUCGUUUCACCUAACCUCAUCAAUGCCAAUAGUAUCUUGAUAGGACACGGCUUGGAGAACGAUUUAAAUGUGAUGAGAAUAAUUCAUCGCAGUAUAAUCGACACAGCAAUCCUAUACUCGAAGGGGAAAUACAAGGUAUCGCUCAAGAACCUGGCUUUUGAGUUUUUGAGCCGAAAGAUUCAAUCUGGUGAGCAUGACAGUUCAGAGGAUGCGAUUGCUACCAUGGACGUAGUCAAAGUGAAAAAUGGCAUACCUCUGGACCAAAAGGAUUGGGACUAG